AUGUCGAUACCCACUCUCGGUGCCGAGACCAAGCUCAGCGUCAUCAGAAAUCCGGAGAGGAGAGUUUGUGGGGAAACGGUCCCACCGGGGCAAGGUCCCUCUUCAUUAGAGACCGUCAGCAAACCAGUAUCAAAAGAGCGACCCGCCGUUGUGAAAGCGAUGUUGAUCAACCUCACUACCCUUGCCUUCGUCGCAUUUGCAUUCACUCUGCUGUGGCUCGUAUCAUCACUGUCAGCAAAGCGUAAGAGACUAGGACUCCCUCCUGGACCACCGAGACUACCAGUGAUCGGAAACCUGCACCAGGCUCCACAGGAGUAUCCAUGGCGCAAGUACCAGGAGUGGAGCAAGCAGUAUGGUCCCAUCUUCAGCCUCCAGUACGGAUUGAGCACCAUUAUCAUGUUAAGCAACCACCAGACCGCACACGACCUCCUGGACAAACGCAGCAACAUCUAUAGUUCACGGCCUCACGUUGUGAUGGGCGGUGACUGCGUCAGCAAGGGUCUGCGGACACUGCUCAUGCCGUACGGCCAAAGGUGGCGAAACCAUCAGCGUCUACAGGCGGCAUACCUCAACAUCCGGGUUUCGCAGAGCUACCGGGUCCUACAAGACCUCGAGAGCAAGCAGCUGAUGUUCGAACUCCUGAACCCCGAUGCAGACUUCUCCGACCGCUUCCACAGGUAUUCAUCAAGUCUCAUCUUCGGACUGGCGUACGGUCGACGGCUGACACGGGGUGACGAGCCUGAGAUCAAAGCCAUCGACCAGGUUAUGGAGAACUUCCUGUAUGCCGCACGAGUAGGGACGUGGAUCGUCGAUUCCUUGCCCAUGCUCAAUUACUUGCCGCGGUUCCUCGCCCCAUGGAAGAGAUUGGGCGAUCGCUUGCACGCCUUCGAAUCGAAGCUGUAUAUGGAGAAUAUGGCCCGAGGUCGACAAUCCGGGUCGUGGAAUUGGGCCAAACUCGCCUCCGGGAUGAAAGAAGGCCAGGAUAUGUCACCGGAGGAACUCGCGUAUGAUGUCGGCAUCAUAUAUGAGGCAGGCAGCGACACGACGACAAUGGCACUUGAAGUAUUUACGCUUGCGAUGCUCCUAUACCCAGAUGUCAUGAAGAAAGGCCAAGCUGAAGUGGAUGCAGUCUGUGGAGAUGACCGUCUGCCGUCCUUUGAGGAUAGCGAGCAAUUGCCAUAUGUCCAUGCCCUCGUCAAAGAGACGUUGCGAUGGCGGCCUGUGUCUGCAGGAGGGAUCCCACAUGCUGUGACCCAGGAAGAUGAAUAUAUGGGAUAUCGUAUCCCGGCCGGUGCCACCGUCAUUGGAAAUCAUUGGGCAAUCCAUCUCGAUGAGGAUGUGUACGACAAGCCACUGGAGUUCAACCCGGAUCGAUGGAUCGAUCACCCGGACCUGCCGUCGGCGCCGUUCGGGUUUGGUAGAAGAAUAUGCACGGGGCAGCAUAUUGCCAAGAACAGUCUAUUAAUCAACAUCGCAAGGAUAUUGUGGGCGUUUGAUAUUGGGUAUAAGUAUAAGAUUGUCAAUGGAAACAAGGAGAGAUGUGAAGUUGAUCCGUACGCAUUCACCCAGGGGUUCAAUUCUAGACCUUCCAAGUUCGAGGCAAGCUUCAAAGUGAGAAACGAACAGCGGUCGCGGUUGGUGAGCGAGGUUUGGCAAGUGACUGAGAAGGACAUGGAUAAGGUCAUGGAAUUGAUCCGACAAAAGGGCACGAACAAGACUUGA